CUGUGAGCGUAGCUCUUGCUCAGCGGUAUAUACCAAACUGUUAAUAGCGAAGCGUUGCUCACUUUUUCAGUAACGCGAACAAGUCGAGAAUACGGAGUACGGUAGAUCUACCUCACGGAGAAUCGAACGGGGUAUUCCGAAAUAUCCAAAUAGAAGUCCCGAUUUGUUGGCAUAUUUUUGCAAGAAUUUCUGGCGUGUGCUGUCAUUUCUUUCUCUAUCUAGUAUCAUGUCGAAAGACGACAGAAUUGAGAAGAUAAAAGAGAAAAUUGGAGCCUAUCCAGAUUUUCCCAAACCAGGAAUUUUUUUCAGAGAUAUUUUUCCAGUUCUCCUAGAUCCCACAACAUUUCGUCUGUUAAAUGCCGUGUUAGUGGAACACAUCAAGACAAAAUGCCCUGGCGUCCAGCUGAUCAUUGGUCUAGAGUCACGUGGCUUUCUGUUCGGACCAAACCUGGCACAAGAAUUGAACAUCGGCUUUGUGCCAAUACGCAAGAAGGGGAAACUUCCUGGCGAAGUCUUUGGUGUUGAGUACAAGUUGGAAUAUGGUUUGGACAGGUUUGAGAUUCAGAAGAAUUCUGUUAAACCAGGACAAAAAGUGGUUAUUGUAGAUGAUCUCCUAGCCACUGGUGGAACGAUGAAGGCUGCGUGUGAAUUGAUGACCAUGGUAAAAGCAGAGAUCCUAGAGUGUUUGGUGGUCAUUGAACUUGACUUCCUCAAGGGCCGCGACAAACUCACAAAACCCAUCCAUUCCUUAAUCCACUACGACUAAGGUGAACUUUUGAAAAAUGUAUUUGCUGUAACCCAGCCAGUGCAUAAAGGAAAUAACUCAUCUUUUUGCUUCUAUGUUUCGUCUUCCAUUUGUAUUUUUAAAAUGUCAUAUAUAACUUUACAAUGGAUGCAACAAAAUGUUAACGUAUGCAAUUUCAAGGUCCUAAUCAAAUCUAUUUUUAGUCUAGAAAUGUUCAUGAAUUAUGGUGUAAUCAGCAAAAUACAGAUGGCUAUGAUUUGGAUUACCGUAGAACUUUAGUCAUGAACCAUCAUGGUGGCUACAGUAAUGUAAACCCCAAAUAUUCUAAUAAUCAACCAGUGCUUGAAUUAGUGUUGUGAAUAUCUGUCACACAAACAUUAAUUUGGAAUAUUUUAAAUGCCAUUAAAUUUUCUCUUCAUAUCGUUGUAGAUUUUUUUUCUAUUAAAAUAAACAGGUGCUUUG